UUAACCUGGUGUUACAAGUUACAGAUGUAGGAGAUGGCUUACUUAUUGAUUCAAGAGAUGAUUGACUUACUGAUGUAGUAGGUGGUUCACGUGAUGAUGUUGUAGGUGGUUCACAUACUGAUGUAAGAGGAGACUCGCAUACUAAUCUAAGAUGUGGUUCACAUACUGAUGUAGGAUAUGGCUUACUUAUUGAUUCAGGAGGUGGUUAACCUGCUACAGAUCUCUGUAUGUAGGAAGUGGUUUACUUACUGAUGUAGUAGGUGGUUCACAUGCUGAUGUAAGAGGAGACUCGCAUACUAAUCUAAUAUGUGGUUCCCUUACUGGUGUAGUAGGUGGUUCACUUGCUGAUGUAGGGUAUGGCUUACCUAUUAAUUCAGGAGACGGUUGACUUACUGAUGAAGUAGGUGGUUCACAUGCUGAUGUAGUGGGUGGUUCACAUGCUAAUGUAGUGGGUGGUUCACAUGCUAAUGUAGUAGGUGGUUCACAUGCCGAUGUAGUGGGUGGUUCACAUGGUGAUGUAGUAGGUGGUUCACAUGGUGAUGUAGUAGGUGGUUCACACGCUGAUGUAGUAGGUGGUUCACUUGCUGAUGUAGGGUAUGGCUUACCUAUUGAUUCAGGAGAUGGUUUACCUGCUACAUAUCUCUGUAUGUAGGAGAUGGUUCACUUACUGAUGUAGGAAGUAUACAUAGUUCACGUUAUGAUGUAGUAUGUAGUAUUAUAAAGAGCCGGACCCAUUGAACAGUAAUUGGGAGAUGUAGGAGAUGGCUUACUUAUUGAUUCAGGAGAUGAUUGACUUACUGAUGUAGUAGGUGGUUCACGUGAUGAUGUAGUAGGUGGUUCACAUACUGAUGUAAGAGGAGACUCGAUUACUAAUCUAAUAUGUGGUUCACUUACUGGUGUAGUAGGUGGUUCACUUGCUGAUGUAGGGUAUGGCGUACCUAUUAAUUCAGGAGAUGGUUGACUUACUGAUGAAGUAGGUGGUUCACAUGCUGAUGUAGUGGGUGGUUCACAUGCUAAUGUAGUAGGUGGUUCACAUGGUGAUGAAGUAGGUGGUUCACAUGGUGAUGUGGUAGGUGGUUCACACGCUGAUGUAGUAGGUGGUUCACUUGCUGAUGUAGGGUAUGGCUUACCUAUUGAUUCAGGAGAUGGUUUACCUGCUACAUAUCUCUGUAUGUAGGAGAUGGUUCACUUACUGAUGUAGGAAGUAUACAUAGUUCACGUUCUGAUGUAGUAUGUAGUAUUAUAAAGAGCCGGACCCAUUGAACAGUAAUUGGGUGUGUUUUAUUAUAUUGCAUUUGAUUUUGAGAAAUAAUUUUUAAUUGUGUUACUAACAAAUUCGUUAUUUGAAUCAGUCUUUGAAAAAUGGAGCUAUAUACUACGAACAUAGUCAUAAUCAUAGGACAAGAAGGAGGAGGAUGUAGGCCAUCACCUCGUGACACAUUUUAUAAAGAAUCAAACAAAGAGAGAGUAAUGUUGCUUAAUUCAACAACAUUUUGUUUACAUGUCCUUAUGUAGUAUAGUUUUUGAUCUGCCGAUGAAAGAUGAUUUUCUCACACAUAUAACGUAUUGUUUUUAUUUGCAAAAACAUUGUCUGUAUGUGUGCGUUUAUGAGAUUACAUGAGCCAAUUGGUGAAGUACGACUUUGUCAUUACGAUACAAAGGGCUAUUUCCUCUGUAUCUUAUUCAAGAAAUGUCAAAUAUGUGUGUUGUUUAACGGACCUGAUCGCCAUGAUAAAACAACAGUUCUUUUAAACACAGACUGGGGAAAGUUGUUAAAACAAAAGGCUUAACGUGUAGGAGGUGAAACAUGAACAUUGGAGGCAGAGAUCUCCCUAUAGUGGAUACUUUGUUGACACUGACAUCUUAGUCUUCGUAGAUGAGAGGUUUUACAUGGGUCGAAUUGAAGACGCCCAGAAAGCAGCACUGAAUGAUAUGAAUUUGUCUGGAGGUAUGACUCCAGUAGAUAAACUGGACAUGGAGGAUGUCCACUACCCCAGGGUUACCCUGAUUACCGAGAAUGGACUAUCCAUAAAACCCACACCUGUACGCCUGUGAAUUAUAGUAUGAGAUACCUCAGUCACCACCCGGGAAGAAUUGUACUGGGUUGUAAAGGCUGCUGAGAUUCGAUAUUAAUGUCGUUUUGUUACAGUUGAACUAAAUGUUAAUAAAACCUUCUUUACGUCUCCUGACUCGAUUGUACUGUUACAUCUCUAUCAUUAUAGAUAUUCUGUACCGAAGUUUAUUUGAAGUUUCAGUUAUGUGAACAAUUUACAAACCACCCGCUUACAAACAAAUAAUGGCAUAUCAUGAAUAUUUUUCUUUAGUAAUCUGUGUUACAAAUCCGUGUGGUUUUCCAUCAAUUACAGGUACAUAAUGCAUUUACGUGUAUAAUGUUUUGGGAAGUUAUGCGUUGCAUCUAAGAGUCCACUUUAUUGAAUGGGAUACGGAUAUAUCGACAUAACAAAACCUUACAAUCAUGGGUACUUGUAAACGUUUUGACAGUCACCUAUAGUAACCUGUAUCAAAAUGUAAAUGAUAACCACGAUUGAACAAAGCUCACAAUUAACCUAAUCUGUUCUAAAUUUGUAUGGAAACAUAUCUACGUACAAGAUCAAAGUUGAUUCGGACUAGAUAUCGAGCUGUUUUGUAUAGAUUACGUUAAAAUCCUAGAUACAUGCGAAAAUGUGUUUGUAAAAGUAUAACUGUCAGCUGAUGGUGUCCUGAAGACAAUACCAAGAGUGACUGUAUAACACUGUUGUGGUCUGUAGAUGAUUGAAAAAUUUAUAAAUCCACGGACAUGUCUUAAUUAUCCUGUAUUUGCUAACUUUCAAACGUGGUAUCUGUCUCGAUACUGAUAAAAUCUAACCAUUUAAAAUUGUUUAAAGCUUAAUUUCUAUUUGAAUGCCGUUCAACAUCAUACGUGAACAUUUCUCAUUGUUUUUACUCUACAACAUGCAAGGUUAAAUAGAAAAUUAUAUUGGAUUAAUUUUAGAAUUUGUAACGAUGUCACGUAACGGUGUAAUACAUCUUCUGUAUAUACGUAUUUACUAAACGCAAAUUUGUAGCGUGCAGCGACAUAUCUGAUUAUGCCCCCUGUUUUCAGUCUGGCCUUGUUUACACAUCACCUGGUGACGUGUAUCGGAGUAUAAAUACCACAGGUACACAAUACAAUAGGUAAUGUGUAAGGGCCGGGUGUCUCUCCGCAGUAAUGGGAGGCAUAUUCUGUAAAUUAUUCCGGAAACGUCAAAUGAGAGUGUUGCUGAACGGACUUGAUGCUGCAGGUAAAACAACAAUUCUUUACCAACUCAGACUUGGGGAAGUCGUCACGACAAUUCCCACAAUCGGUUUUAACGUUGAGACGGUGGAAUAUAAGAACGUGCAGUUGGUAACAUGGGACGUUGGAGGCAGGGACAAAAUGCGGCCCCUAUUUAGACAUUACUAUCCGGGGACUGAUGCGGUUGUUUUUGUGGUUGACAGUAAUGAUAAAGAACGAACUGAACAAGCUCAGAAGGAACUUCAUGCUAUCAUUAAGGAAGACUCGGUGAAGGAAGUUAUAAUUGUCAUAAUGGCCAACAAACAGGAUUUACCCGGAUCUAUGACUCCAGAGGAGGUCCACGAGAAACUGGACGUGGAUUCUAUCUGUAAAACUCACACGUGUAAAGUGUUUGGUACCUCAGCCACCACCGGUGAGGGACUGUAUGACAUGCUCGAUUGGCUUGUAGAGGCUGUCAAUACGAAACAAGCAACAGCGAUAUUGAGAGGAAAGGACGAGUGUGUAACUGUUGAAAAGGAUUCCAAGUCAUCAUACUUUACAACGCCUUUGUCAUAUAUCAAACACAUGUUUUCAAAAGUGUAAGGAAAGUUAAGUUCGAUUAUAUCACCAACGUCACAGUCACAAUACUGGAAUAAUUUACAUAUGGCCAUUUUUAGUUUAAGCUGUAUUUUUUUCAAUAUAUAGUAUAUGUAUGUUAUAAAUUGAUUUACUAGUAGCCUACUUGGUACUUGUAUAUUGUUAUAUGUAUAUGGUUUUGUUUCAUUUAUUUACUGAUACUUGUUUUUAUUAAGAUACUGUUGAACACAUCAAAUUGCAUUAUCUUACUACAUGUAUUAUCUUAUUUCAAUAUCAUGUUAUGUUUGUUAUUUUAUUAAAAGAUACAUUAAAGGAUCUGUAUGUCUCAUUAUUUGUAAUUAACCUGAUGUUAUAGGAUCUAGGUAUAUAUGUCUCAUUAUUUGUAAUUAACCUGAUGUUAUAGGAUCUAGAUCUAUAUGUCCCAUUAUUUGUAAUUAACCUGAUGUUAUAGGAUCUAGAUCUAUAUGUCUCAAUAUUUGUAAUUAACCUGAUGUUAUAGGAUCUAGAUAUGUAUGUCCCAUUAUUUGUAAUUAACCUGAUGUUAUAGGAUCUAGAUCUAUAUGUCCCAUUAUUUGUAAUUAACCUGAUGUUAUAGGAUCUAGAUUUGUAUAUCCCAUUAUUUGUAAUUAACCUGAUCUCAUAGGAUCUAGAUCUGUAUGUCCCAUUAUUUGUAAUUAACCUGGUGUUACAAGUUACAGAUGUAGGAGAUGGCUUACUUAUUGAUUCAUGAGAUGGUUGGACUUACUGAUGUAGUAGGUGGUUUACGUAUGGUUUACCUGCAGCGCUACAGAUCUCUGUAUGUAGGAGAUGGUUCACUUACUGAUGUAGGAAGUAUACAUAGUUCACGUUCUGAUGUAGUAUGUAGUAUUAUAAAGAGCCGGACCCAUUGAACAGUAAUUGGGUGUGUGUUAUUGUAUUGCAUUUGUUUUUUAGAAAUAAUUUUUAAUUGUGUUACUAACAAAUUCGUUAUUUGAAUCAGUCUUUGAAAAAUGGAGCUAUAGACUACGAACAUAGUUAUAAUCAUAGGACAAGAAGGAGGAGGAUGUAGGCCAUCACCUCGUGAUACAUUUUAUAAAGAAUCAAGCAAGAAGAAAGUAACGUUGCUUAAUUCAACAACAUUUUGUUUAUAUGUCCGAGGUAGUAUAGCUUUUGAUCUGCUGACACUUUUCGCACGAAUAUAAUGUAGUUUUUUUGGUGUUUUUUUUUCUAAAACAUUAUCUAUAUGUGUGCGUAAAUUAGAUUACAUUGGCAGCCCCUGACCCAAUUAGUGACAUACUGUUAUUACUGGAAUUUGUUAUUACGAUACAAAGGGUUAUUUCCUCUGUAUAUUCAUGUACGACAGGUAUGGUAUAUUUGUAAAUUAUUCCUUAUUGGAAAAAAAAAAGUCAAAUAUGGGUGCUGUUAAACGGACCUGAUCGCCCUGGUAAAACAACAGUUUUCUGAAACUCGGACUGGGGACUGGAAAUUUAAAACAAAGGGCUUAACGUGUAGGAGUUGGAACAUAAGCAUGGGAGGCAGAGAUCUCCCUAAAGUGGAUACUUUGUUGACACUGAUAUCUUUAUUUUCUUAGAUGAGAGUUUUGACAUGGGUCGAAUUGAAGACGCCCAGAAAGCAGCACUGAAUGAUAUGAAUUUGUCUGGAGGUAUGACUCCAGUAGAUAAACUGGACGUGGAGGAUGUCCACUACCCCAGGGAACCCUGGUUACCAAGAAUGGGCUAUCCAUAAAACCCACACCUACACGCCUGUGCGUUAUAGUAUGAGAUACCUCAGUCACCACCCGGGAAGAAUUGUACUGGGUUGUAAAGGCUGCUGAGAUUCGAUAUUAAUGUCGUUUUGUUACAGUUGAACUAAAUGUUAAUAAAACCUCCUUUACGUCUUCUGA